AUGCUUACAUUGUUUCUUGUGGAUUCAUUGAAGUGGAAGGAACUCUCUCCUGCUAGUUCUGAUCGUGGCCCAAUGAAGAAGGGGUUCUCUGGAAUAGUAUCAGCUAAUUUUGACGGUGAAGAUUAUCUUGUCAUAAUUGGAGGAAGUGGGGCAUCAUCUUCUAUCAAUACUCCAAAGCAACCUGAUGCUCAGUAUUCAGCUUAUGGUAGAUGUAGUGAGAUACAUUAUUACAGGAUUUCAUCAGAUCAAUGGAUAUCUCCUGUUGUUACUGGAGACAGACCACCUCCUAUUAAUGACUUCACUCUAACACCAGUUACUAAUAACACUGCAGUAAUGUUCGGAGGCUCUACUGAUAAUGAAAUCUGUCAUAAUAAACUGUAUAUGAUAAGUUUCACUAAGACAUCAGUAGUGAGUUAAUAUUGUAGG